AUGUCGGACGAUGAGCUUCCCAUGACUGGUGAGGGCAUGGGUGACUUGCAGAUGGCAGACAUGGAGAACAUGGAAGGAAUGAGCGAUGGCGAGGAGGAGGUAGAUCUUCCUGAAGGAGUGAAGAAAGAAAUCAUCCAGGAAGCUCCUGAGGGAAAUUACAACCUUCCCAAGACGGGGGACGAAGUAACUGUGCACUAUGUCGGCACCUUGCAGUCCGAUGGCUCUCAAUUCGACUCUUCUCGCUCGCGAGAGCAACCCUUCAAGUUCACCUUGGGACAAGGAGAAGUCAUCAAAGGUUGGGACUUGGGUGUGGCCACGAUGAAGAAGGGUGAAGUGGCCAAAUUCACUUUGUCACCGGAGUAUGCCUACGGUGAUGCUGGGUCGCCUCCGAGCAUUCCCGAGAAGGCCACACUGGUCUUUGAAGUGGAGCUCAUUGAUUGGCUAUCCAAGGAUGAUCUGUUCUCAGAUGGAGGAGUCAUCAAGCUGCAGCUGACAGAGGGCAGUGGUUGGAAAUCGCCGCAGGAUGGUGAAGUUAAGAUUUCCUUGAAAGCCUCUCAAUUGAAUGGCGACCUCAUUGAUGACAAGGGCUCCUUUGAGUAUGUCAUGGGUUCAGAUCAGCUGGGGCCUCUAGCAACUACGGUAGAGAAGGCCUUGCAAAACAUGAAGAGGGGUGAGCACUGCACUCUGACUUGCACCAAGCACUAUGCAUAUGGAGACACUUACCCUGAUGGAGCAGUUCUGGACCUCACUCUGGAAGAGAUUUACGAAGUGACAGAUGUGUCACCUGGAAAGGAUAAGUCGCUCAUGAAGAAGCAAGUGAAGGAGGGAUCGGGUUACGAGAAGCCCAAGGACUCUGUCCCAGUGACCUUGCGCGUGGAGCAGGCGACGGACGGGCAUGGGCAGCCGAUCCCGUCCUUCAUCGCAGAGAGCCUCAGCUUCACGGCGGGCAACGGCGCUGUUUGCGACGCACUGGAGUUCGCGGUGCAGCAGAUGAAGAAAGGUGAGCGUGCCGUGGUGACGUCAGCAGCACAUCUGUGCCGCGAACCCAAGCUGGGACUGGCCGAAGUGGAGGCUGAGAAGGUGAUUCUCACAAUGGAGUUGAUGGACUUCGAAGAGCUGAAGGGGACCUGGGAGAUGUCCCAGGAGGAGAAGCUUGAGCAUGGCGCUGCUCGGAAGGAUGUGGGUGCCGAGCUCUUCAAAUCAAAGCGAUAUCGCUUGGCCCUGCAGUGCUACAAGCGCGUAGCAGACCUCUUUGGAUAUAUCGACAACUACAAGGAGGAGAACAAAGCCAAGGCAGAGGAGAUGAAGAUGGCCUGCACUCUGAACCAGGCGGCGUGCGAGUUGAAGUUGGAGCUCUACGCCGAGGCCAAGCUGAGCUGCGAUACCGUGCUGAAGCAAGCGGCCAAUCACGUGAAAGCGCUCUUCCGCCAUGCUCAGGCUGACUUUGGCCUCAAGAACUACUUGGAUUGCAUCAAGGAUCUGAAGAGGCUAUUGGAGAUUGAGCCGCAGAACCGUGAGGCCCGAGCUUUGACGAAGCAGGCGCUGGCGCAGCAGAAGGAGGAAGACCAAAAGUCGAAGAACCUCUACGGAAAGAUGUGCCAAGCGCUUGGAAAGAGCAAGAAGCUGGAAGGAGUGCCUGAGAAAGCUUCUGGCGAAGAGGCUUCAACGGCGGAAUUCGAAAGUGCUGCUGCUGCAGGAGCAUGA